AUGGAGCAGCCAGUCCUCGCCAUCACCUCCACCUCAGUAAGGGAAGACCCGGGGCGUGGAAAUUCGUUAGUCAUGGCCUCGAAACGAACUCGGAAGACUUCAUCUUUUGAAAGAGAGGGGUGGUGGAGAAUAGCAUUAACAAGUACUCCUAUACCUGGCACUUAUCACUUGAAAACUUUUAUAGAAGAAUCCCUAUUAAAUCCAGUGAUAGCAACCUACAAUUUUAAAAAUGAAGGAAGGAAAAAGCCACCUCUUGUGCAAAGAAACAAUCCAGUCAUAAAUGAUCUUCCACUGUACAUGCCUCCUGAUUUCCUGGACCUGUUAAAGAAGCAAAUGGCCUCUUACUCAUUCAAAGACAAACCACGGCCAAGCCCCAGCAAACUAGUUUACAAAGAUCAGUCACUUCAGCUUUCCCCAGGGCAAUACGAUGUACUUCCUACACCAGUUCCCAAGUACGCUUCCAGGAACUUUGUAUUUCGUUCAACAGUUCAAAGAUUGCCAACAAGCUGCUUCACUCCUCAUGAAGGCCCGGGACCAGGUCAUUAUGACUUGAAAAUACCUUCAGCAAGUUCUAUUACUUCUUGUUUUCAGUCCAGAGUACCUCGAUUCCUGCCCAGCUGUUCAAAAACCCCGGGCCCAGGAGCAUAUACACCUUCUGUACAAUUCCCUAAGCAGUCCCCAACUGUAGCCAAAAUGGGCCGAGAACACAGCCUUUUCUUCAACAACACAAUUGGCUUUUAA